GUCAGUCAGCGGGCAACAAGUAUCUAGUCAAGCACCACCGUGACCCGAAGCUUGUCCGCCCCUCCUCUCCCCACCAAAAAGCUGCUGUCAACUCCAACAAAGCGUCUUGCCUCUCAGCCUUCGGACUUUGAUCAAUUAAACAGUUGUCUUGGUUCCAAAGAUUUGUAUGCGCAGUCCUCAUUCUUUCACUUUCCUCAUUUUCAUCUGAUCUCCUUGACAUCGGCCUCUGACGUGUUAUUAGGUCACGAUGACCUCCCGGAUUGACAAGACGAUUGCUCGACAGCGCGAGAAGAUUGCUUCUGGGGCCUACUACGAAGCUCACCAACAAUUGCGUGUCAUCGCAGCCCGAUACAUCAAACAAGCGAAUUACGAUGCAGCGGCGGAUCUAUUAGCUGGCGGGGCGACGGCUCUCCUCAAGGCUGGCUCGCAACAGGGUGCGUCCGCCAGUGGUGGAGACUUGUCCAUCAUGCUGGUCGCCGAGGUGUACAAUAAAGCGGGUUGGGAGAUCACUGGCGGUAGCGACGAUGCCGAAGGGCGAUCUCGCAAGAAACGCCUCAUCCAACUGCUGCGCGAAUUCCCCCCCGAGGAGCCCACGCGAAAACGGUUCAUUCAGGAAAUCAUUGGCUGGAGUGCAAAAUACGGACCUCUGGAGAGAGGCGACCCUGACUUGCAUCACGCCGCCGGGUCGGUGUAUGCGGAAGACCACGAACCCUAUGACGCCGAGAAACAUUUGAUCCUUGGCACGUCCGAGUCGGCGGAGACACUGGCAAAACUGGAAUACGAGUGGUACACACACGACGAACCCCAUACGGCGGCCAUCUACGCAUCCCGUGCCGUCUUUCCCUACAUCCUGACCGGCAACCUUCGCAAUGCCAACAAAGCUUUCCUCAUCUUCACGUCACGACUUUCUUCUUCGAACCCUUCGCUAGGCGCACAGGACAUCAGCAGUUCCAGCACGGACGCCCGAGUCUUUCCCGCAUUGCCCCUUCUCAACUUUAUCAACAUGCUGCUUCUUGCGAUUCAGCGCGGAAGCGCGGAUCUAUUCAAGCAACUUUCUACCCACUAUGCCUCGCAAAUCCGCGAAGUGGGCAUAUGGGAUGAUGCCUUGGCGCAGAUUGGCGAGCAGUACUUUGCGAUCAAGAUUCCCAGACAAGGAAAUCCUCUAUUGGAUAUGAUGGGCAGCAUGUUGUUCGGAGGUCAGGGAUCGCAGGGUCAGGGACAGUCGAGGAGAGUCGAAGCGCCGCCGAAAAGUCUCGAUCUGGAUUAGGUAGAUUGAUUGAUUGCCUUCGGAUAGGAUAGGUCGCAUGGGCGGCAAACACUGACACCAAUACGUAAUUCAAUCAUACUCGCGAAUUAACCUCUGGCUCGUACAUCCAAUUGUCGUCCUGCAGCGCGGCGACUUUAUUCCGAAGACUUUGUUGAAUAAGAUUCAGAAUUU